AUGCCGCGGCUGCCUGUGGAAGCCACGUUGCGUGCGACCCAGGCGCGCCAAGCCUUCCUGCUGCGCCUGAGCGAUGCGCUUCGCCCGCUGCAGGAUGCGCAGGCCAUCAAGCGAAGGGCCACGCGGCUGCUGGGCGAGCAGCUUGGAGCGAACCGCGCCUUCUAUGCUGAAGUGCAGGGCGACGAGUGGCUCGUGGUCAAGGGCUACGAGCAGGACGUGGCGCCGCUGCCCGAUGGCCCUUACUCGGCCCGUGACUUCGGUGACUGGGUCAUGGACACCUACCGCGCCGGACAGCGCAUCGUGUUCCACGACACCGGUACCGAUGCGCGGUUCUCUCCCGAGCAGCGCCAGGCGCAUGCUGCUGUGCAGAUUCUCGCUGCCGUGGGCAUGCCGCUGAUCAAGCAAGGCGAGCUGGUAGCCAUCCUGG